AUGGAUAUGCCUACUCUGACAACAACUCCAGAAAUCAAGGUGACCUUCUGGCCGCCACUGUUUCUACAGAGAAAAAUAUGGGUAUUGAACGUCUUGCGACGAGAUAACAUUGCAUGGGUUGUUGACCUUGGAUGUGGAGAGGGUGAACUCCUCGCAACGUUAUGCCAGCCCGCACCAUGGCUACCAUCCGACAGAGAGUUGUUAGAAACAUCUAAGCAGCCAAACCUUAUCAAUAUUCUUACUAGAAACCACCCUGAAGAGGAGCAUGAAAACGAAAUCCGAAACCUGCACCCGCGACGUCUCGCAGGCCUCGACAUUUCAUCUAGAGACCUUAAAUACGCUGUAGAAUGCACUGCUCCAUCAGCUAGAGAGCCGUACGCGCGUUGGGAGCCUCUUGAAGUUCAGAUAUGGAAAGGUGGACUAGAGGCCAUCAAUCCAGAAUUCACCAACGCAGAAUGCAUAGUUGCUACCGAGGUUGUUGAACACCUCCCUGAUGCCAUCUUAUCUGAUUUUGCCCCCGUCAUCCUUGGGGUCUACCACCCCCGCAUAUUUCUGAUGACAACUCCUUCCUACGAUUUCAACGCAAGAUUUUCUGCUCCCGAUGCACCACGCGAUGAAGGAUACCCAGAUCCAACAGGGCGCACAACGCGCAUCUUCCGACACCAAGAUCAUAAAUUCGAGUGGACAGUGGACGAGUUUGUGCAGUGGUGUCAGGAAGCAGCAAACGAAUGGGGAUACAGUGUCGUUACCAGCAGCGUUGGGACGGCACUGGAGCGAGAUGAAUGGGGCAGAGACGAGGAGUUAGGCGGUGCAAGCCAAGUCGCCGAAUUUCGAAGGCUAGAUGACAGCCCUUCAACGGAAAUGAGAUCGAAUAAGCGAAAGAACGUACUGGAAAGGGCCUUGGGGAGGCCAAAUCACGAACUCCUGGCUGCGCAUUCCUAUUUUUCGCAUGCUAGUGCUGGGAAACCUAGUUCGCUUGACCACGUAGGAGACCUCAUAGUGACAAACAUGGAGCAACGAGGGGAGGAAGUCACCAGAAUGGAAGGGCUGUGGUUCAUACCAAACGUGAGCGUGUCAUGCGGGGGCCGUAUAGAAGUGAUGAUGGAUGCCAUUGAGAUACACACCAAACUGCGGCUGCGAAAAGAUGGGGGGAAAAGAAGUGCUUGGGAGGUCGAACUCGUUGGCGGUAUCUCUCGAGCGGUUCUAGACUGGCACUCACAUUGCGAAGAAGAGCCACACCUUGAUGAAAAGCAGCUCGAUCAAGACUGUCUGUAUGAAGAUGAACAAAGUGAAGUGACCGACGGAGACGAAGACUACAUAGAAGCACCCUGGACGGACUCAAACCUCAGUGAGAAUAACCUGAUAGAAGAGGAUAUAUCUGCUUGGAACCUUGAUGUUAACACAUGGGUCCAAGCUGAUGCUGAUGGCGGUAUUUGGGGAAAAUGGGAUGAGCCAGCACUAGACAGCUGGGAUAUUGAUGAGGACUGGAACAAGGAGGUAUGA